GAUAACGCGCAGAGGAAACAUGGACUAAUGUUUGCGUUAGUGUACUUCUACUGUGUAAUUCUGAAAGUAAAACUAGUGGCUGGAAAACAUGGCUUCUAAUGUUGUAUCGGACUCGGACAAACCAUCGGUUUCUAAUGUGGAGCAAAGCAGAAGUCGCCUCUGCGAUGAGUUUGCUGCAAUAACAGGAACCGAUAGCGCUGUGGCUCAGUGCCACCUGGCUGUAAACGAGUGGGAGAUGGAGAGAGCUUUAAACUCAUUCUUUGAAGCUGAUUUGGAGAAAGCAUUUGAAGAAGAUUUUCCAGAUAGUGAGACCAUCCCCAAAGCAAAGAGGCAGAAAGUUGAGGAAAAACCUCCAGAAGGCUGUAUAGAUUUGACUGCUGACAGUCCAGCCUCCACACGCAAACCCUCAGAAGAAGACAGCAAUACACUGUCACUAAUCUCCUGGAACGUGGAUGGACUCGAUACAGACAACCUCGGAGAGCGCGCCAGAGGCCUCUGCUCCUACUUAGUCUUAUACACCCCUGACGUGGUGUUCCUCCAGGAGCUCAUUCCACCUUACGUCCAGUACUUAAAGAAAAGGGCGGUCAGCUACCUAUUCAUUGAAGGUGGAGAGGAGGGCUACUUUACCGGGAUAAUGCUGAAGAAGACACGGGUCAAAUUUUUCAAGAGCGAGAUAAUACCUUACCCGACAACUCAAAUGAUGAGGAAUCUGCUUGUAGUUCAGGUAACAUUCAAAGGCCAGAAGCUGUGUCUGAUGACGUCCCACUUUGAGAGCUGCAAAGCCCAAGCAGAGGAGCGGAUGAAACAGCUGCGAGUGGUGAUUCAGAGGAUGAGAGAGUCACCUGAGGAUGUCACUGUCCUGUUUGGAGGGGACACAAACCUGAGGGACACUGAGGUUGCCAAGGUGGGUCUGCCCUCCAGUGUCUGCGAUGUGUGGGAACGAUUGGGAAAGCAGGAGCACUGCCGCUACACAUGGGACACUAAAGCCAACAACAACAAGAAGGUUCCUUACGUCAGUCGCUGCCGCUUCGACCGGGUCUACCUCCGCCCGGCUGCCAAGGUCGGCGUCCCACGCCUGGCCCCUGACCACUUGGCCUUGGUAGGGCUGGAGAAGCUGGACUGUGGCCGCUUCACUAGUGAUCACUGGGGGAUCUACUGUAGCUUCACUCCUGCGUAGAAAUGCACAAAACAACAUGCAACAGAGCAGUUUUGGAUCAUCGGUUUGUUUUGUGUUUCACGGUCAAUACAAACACCUUCUCUGUAAAAGAAAAUGAUCUGACCUCAUCUGAGGACAGUUACCUGUACAUUUUGUAUUGAUUAGUUUUAUCUUCUAAUGUGUCUCUUAUUUGAGUCUUUUGUUUUUUGGAGGUUCUUUAAAAAAAUUGUAUUGGUAAAUAAAAGUAAUAAGCGCCGAUACAUUUUGUGUUUAUGUAGUAUUGCUAUCUGAACACUAGAGGGCACUACAGAGUUACAUUUGAAUUGAACAGUACAGAGUUUAGUAUUUACAUACAAAUAAAGAAAUAUUCUGAAUCUGAA